GGUGCUUCAAAUGAAAGUGUUGUGCGUGCUACGCGCGGAACCUGUCGUUUCGAGUUCUACUUGUACGUUCUACCACCUUUGAGUAUCUUAAACAAUCUACCAUACGUGGAUCAAAACACCAUUGCCAUUGGCUCUCUUUCUUUGCCGUACCAUUUGAAUUGAAUGUGAUUGCAAUUGCAAAUCCCCCCUUCAAUUCAAUUACUACUUUCACGACCUAAUCUAACCCUUCGCUCUGCUCUGCUCUCACUUCACCAUAUUCACACCCAGAUGGAAACUGUUUGUCUCCACUGUGGCGACAGAGGCUUUCCAGAGACAUUGGUUUUUUGCACCGAAUGUAUGGCUUAUGCGCUGCAUAGGUACUGUUUAAAGGGGCUUGUGAAUUUUACUGAUGCUGUUACAUGGUUUUGCGAGGAUUGUGCAACAAAGCUUGGGGUGCCACCUGCUCUUGACCAAUCUACACCUAUCGCAUCUGUAACAAGAGAAAAUUGCAUACAGGGAGUGAAAAAACACAAUAAACAGCGAAAAAAGAAGAUUACAAAGAAGCAGAUUGAAGGAAAAGCUAACGCUGGCUUAGUUGCUAAAACAAAGGGUGUGUUAUCUGCUAGUCACAGUUCAUCUGAGCCUGAGCAUCCUCAUUGUAGUAACAGAGGCGAAGAAGAACAUGAGGUGAAAAAUGACUGUGGACCAGUUCCAAGGGAUGUAGCUAAUUUUGAUGUAGGUGAAGAAGAAAGUGUGGCAAGGGAUUUAGCUAAUUCUGAUGUAAGUUUCAAAUCUGUUCCAGUUUCUCAAGGAGCUACCAAUAGUGAUUCAGGUUGUGUAGAAGUAGAUGGUCAUGUUUAUGCACAGCCUACUAUUGAUCCAAUCUGGAGGGGAAGUAUGUACUUUUGCAAUGGAACAAUUCGUACUGUCAGUGGACUUCUGGCUCAUAUCUCCAAUUUAGCGUGCUCCCAAGUUGCGGAGGAGACAGGACAUUUCCCAGAAGUGCUUCAUGCAGAAUUUCUUCCCAGAGAUAAGGUGUGGGCUGAAAGUUUCAAGAGGGGGGAUCCAACUGAUCAGGACAUUGCUCUUUUUUUCUUUCCUGACAGUGAAGGAUCUGAAAAGGACUUCGAUGUGCUGGUUGAAGAUAUCAUGAUCUGUAAACAUGUCAUAAGAUUUGUGGGUAAAAAUGCAGAGCUUUUAAUUUUUCCUUCUACUGAGCUUCCAGUCCAAAAUUGGAGAUAUGAAGCCAAGUAUUAUUUGUGGGGUGUCUUCAGAAAGAAAGCAAACUUAAGAAGAGACAAAUGAUGCAGUGUGCAGAGUUUGACAAGGCUCUUAGGUUGGCAUAACCAUAGACGUAGUCUCCAUCUAAAAAUUUGAGCAAUAGUGGUUGUGUAGCUAUGACUCUAGUGCAUAGUACUCCUGUGUUUAUAGUCACUGAUAUGUUAAUUAAACAUAUAUAUACUGUAGUGCAUAGUACCCUUUUUGUGACUUCAUUGUCCAAGAGAGAUGCUUCCAUAAAUGUUCCAGAAACCCUUUGAAACUGUGACCACAGGGUUAGCCUUGUCUCACCGAAAUCUUUGAUGGUGGUAAAGCAUUGGGGUGUUUGUUCUACAGUCACCGUGUUAAUGUGCUAUAACCUUGGUCUACUGACGAUGUUUUUCAUCAGUUACUUAUAUUUCAGGAAGUAUUGGGCGUGUAACGUUUAAUUCUUCAUUUGUUCAAUGCAUAUAAGAAUGUUCAUAUA